AAUGGGAAGUGUUGUAAAAGUGAAUACUGUGAGGAUUGGGUACCUAAAUAUAACAAAGAGAUUUGCUGCAAGAAGAAAAUCGACCCACCCGUCAUAUGCAAGAACUUUGAUGUUGACUGCAAGUACGGCUACGAGCUGCAAAAGAAUGAGAAAUGUUGCAACAGCGACUACUGUGAGGAUUGGGUACCUAAAUGUAACAAAGAUACUUGCUGCAAGAAGAAAAUCGACCCACCCGUCAAAUGCAAGAACUCUGAUGUUGACUGCGAGUACGGCUACGAGCUGCAGAAAAAUGAGAAGUGUUGUAACAGUGCUUUCUGUGAGGAUUGGGUACAGAAGUGCGACCAGAAAACCUGUUGCGAGAAGAAAGUAGAGCCCCCAACCAAGUGCAAGAACGCGGACAUCAAGUGCCACUACAACUAUAAACUGAUUAAGAAUCAGAAGUGUUGCGAAAACGACUACCGUGACUCUUCCUUGCCCAAGUGUGACAAGAAGACGUGCUGCGAGAAGAAGGGGAAAAAGCACAGUUACUAA